AUGGAAGACUUUGUAACCCUGUACACUGGCUGCAGUCCAGGGACUCCACCGCGCCCUGCCGGAAAUCCUCUGCUCAGGUACAGUAUAAGAAGCCGCGGCGCCUCAGGCUCCUCACACUCCCGCUCAAGUGUGCCGCGCCUGCACUCACUCACACACCACCUCCAAGCAAGCAAUACCCGAGCCACCCAGCGCCGCGUCAAGCCAGCCACAGCCUGUGACCACCACCGCGCCCUUGUGACAACCUUCCUCGCCAUCGUCAGUUCCCCCUUCACGAUGCGGACCCUCGCCUCAGCUCUGUGGAUGUUGUUGAUGCUGACACGGUCGGCUUACGGGGCAUCUACAGAACUUGGACAGGAAGACGCUUUCCCUGAUGUCAUUAUUGGAGACACGCUGCAUCCAGAGAACGACAUCCUGGGCGCCCCCAUCACCGAGGAGGAGAUACGGGCCGGCCUGGAGCUGAAGGUGACGUCGCCCGAGGAAGACCCUACCUCCAUGUCCGGCUACUUCCAGGGAGACAUCAUGAUCGACACCCGCGACCACCUGGCUCAGAUUCUCAUGGGUGACCCAGUGGGACAGUACAGCGCCACCAGCAACCGGCAACUGCUCUGGCCAGGCGGCAAAAUAUACUAUGUCAUCUCCUCUUCCUACACGUCCAGUGAGAGGCAGAUUAUUGCACGCGCCAUGACGGAACUCUCCCAGAAGACCUGCCUCUCCUUCGUGCCCAGGACCUCCCAGCGAGACUACAUCCACAUCCUCAGAGGCCAAGGGUGCUCCAGUGCAGUGGGGAAGGUGGGCGGCGGGCAGUCCCUCUCCCUGGGCGCCGGGUGUGUGCAUGUGGGCGUGGUGAUACACGAACUCAUGCAUGCCGUUGGGUUCUGGCAUGAGCAGUCCCGCUACGAUCGAGACUCCUUCGUUACCAUCAGGUGGGAGAACAUCAUGUACGGCCUCGGGUUUAACUUCGAUAAGAAGUCCAACUCUGUCACCACUAACCUCGGGCUACCCUAUGACUACGGCUCCAUCAUGCACUACGGUCCCAACGCCUUCUCCCGCGGCACAGGGCCCACCAUCGUCCCCAAGCAGAGCGGCGUCUUCAUUGGGCAGCGGGAGAAAUUAUCCCAGAAUGACGUGAAGGGCAUCAACCUGCUGUACCAGUGCUCGGGUCCCCAGCCAACCACGGUGCCCCCGACCUCCGCCUGCAAGGACAACAGCCAGCACUGCGCCGCCUGGGCCUCCGUCGGGUACUGCGGCUCCAAAUACAUGAAUACCAACUGCCGAAAGUCUUGCAAUGCCUGUGAAUCGACAGGAUGCCGCGACGAGGCUCAGUUCUGCGCCGACUGGGCCGCCAAGGGGGAGUGCCAGAGGAACCCACUCUUCAUGAAGGAAAAGUGUCGCCGCUCGUGCAACGCUUGUGGGACCUCCUCCUGCAGGGACAACGCCGUGCACUGCGCCAGCUGGGCCAGCCAAGGGGAGUGCGAGCGCAACCCUGGCUACAUGAAAGAGGAGUGCGGCAAGUCCUGUGGAGUCUGCUGAGCCUCGCCAUCCUUGCCUUCAUGGCGCCUCCUCAACACCCACCACUGGAUUUUUUGACACUAAAUUUCAUGUUAUCAUCCAUAUCAUCAGGAAAAAAAGGAAAAAAAAAAAUAUUUAUGUACAUUUGGUAAUAUUAAAAAUAGAUUAA